AAAAAAAACAAAAAAGAAAAAGGAAAAAGGAACGAAGGCAUAAAAAGAAUGGAUCAUCCACCAUAGGUAUCUCUUUUUCUCUGUUUUUCUCUGAGGCACACAUCAAACACCUUGGGAUGGCUUCAAAAUAUGUGAGAAUUCUGGGGUUGUUAGACUUGUUGGUGAUGAUGCUGCUCAUGUCUGCGAGCGCAGACUUCGCCAAGGAUAGGCAGGAGUGCGCAGACCAGCUGGUUGGCCUCGCUACUUGUCUUCCUUAUGUACAGGGUGAAGGGAAGGCCCCCACUCUUGACUGCUGUACUGGGCUCAAACAGGUUCUGCAGAAGAGCAAAAAGUGCCUAUGCGUACUGAUCAAGGAUCGGGACGACCCGAAUCUUGGCUUCAAGAUCAAUACUACGCUUGCUCUUAGCCUUCCCACCGCCUGCAAUACACCGGCCAACAUGUCUGAGUGUCCUGCUCUUCUGCAACUCCCAGCAGGCUCACCUGAUGCUAAGAUAUUCGAGGAGUCCGGGAACAGCACAGCUACAACCAAAAGCACCCCAGUUGCAAGCGCUAAGGCCAACUCGACUAGCAGUGGAUCGAGCUCUGAGAUGAAGAGUGGUGGCUGGCGGAGGAGGAGAUGGGUGGGAGUAGAACUGGUUUUUGGGCUUCUCUUCGUGAUUGUUUCUCACCUCCUGCUUAGUUCGCUUUGAUGUUUACAGGCAAAACAUGUCCACACAGUCACCUUUACUAUCUUGAUAAGCUUCAUACCCUGUCGCAUACUUAUUCUAUGAUCGGUUUCUCUCUUGCUUUCAUUUGUUCCAUACCAAUUCAAAAUGACCACAUCCCUAACAUGGAAGAGCUACCAUCAUUAGUUUAUUGAAAAUAUCUCUUUUGAUGAAGAUCACAAUCUAAAGUAAGAAGAUGAGUCUUCUUUUUUGCAGUGGGUGGGGCGGCUGGGAAUCUGGGAUUGGGUGUUUAUCUAGUAUGGAGGUAAGAAAUAGUGAAAAUUUAUACCAUGAGUCUUCCUUUUUGCAAUGGGUCGGCCCAGCUCGGAUUGUGUGUUUAUGCUGUACUGAGGUAAGAAAUAGUGAAAAUCUAUUCAGUGUGAAUACAAUCUUUCUAAUAAUUGUGUUUAAA